UCGAAUUGGUGCUUUCAGUAUCCAUAAAAUGGUCAGAGUAUGACGAUCUUCGCGUUACGUAACUUGCGGAUAUCACUGUGCGAUCGUUCAUAAACAUUUUUAAUUGUUACCUUGAGUGAAUGAAGAGUGUAAUUGGACGAGGAACCAAGUGUUGUUGAAGAAGUAGGAUCAAUGGAAAUUUCAGAAUAAAUUAAAGGAAACAAGUGAAAAAUCAGUGGACGAAAAUGUUGAAUUCGAUAACUACUGUGAUUGUGAUCUGUGUAUCACAAAUUGUUUGUUCGACACCAUUAUCAUCGCCUGCGAACACUGCUGUUCCAGAGAUUGAAGAACCCCCAGCGCCUUACUCAUUGUCAUCCACAUACUUAACUUACCUGGCGAAAGUCGAACAAGAAGUAUACAAGGAAAUUAAACAAUACGCAGGGGAUUUGCAAGAAAGAUUGCAGCUAGCGCAAGCAUAUUUAAAAGACUACGAGGACAGUACACUGAAGGGAACCAACCACUUACCGAAAAAUGCAGAUCCAUGGCAAAGGGCAGGUGAAGCAACAACUCAUCCGCUAAUGGCGUACAGAAUGGUGCGGAGAUUUUCCAAAGAAUUCCAAAAUUUUGUUCUGAACCUGGACCAGGUGCUUGAAAACAAAAUGGUUCAACGGCUCAAAGAUCAAGGACUGCACAAUUGGCCAGGCGAAACGGAUCUCGUGGAAGCUACGGAUGCUCUUCUGCGACUGCAUUAUGUCUACGACAUGGACAUUGAGCAGUUUGCGAAUGGAAAUAUUGGAGGUGUCGCAACUAACGUGGGACUAACAACAGCACAAAUUUUCGAGGUUGCUGAGUACACCAUUGACUACGGUUAUCACACAUUAGCUUUCGAUUGGCUCAACGUGGCAGAGUCAAAGAUGAAGAAUGAAAACUGCACAGCAAUUAGCCAGACUCAAAUUGAUAGGGCGUACGCGAGAAAUAUACAGUUGCACGACAAUGAGUACGUGCACAAUGCUGAAAUGCAACACUUGUUCAUCUUUAAUGAAAAGCUGAAAGACUCGACCAAUCCGCUUCGAAUGCGAGACGUAAAAAUUAAUUAUUUCACUAAAAACCUAGACGACACUGCAAUGCAAGCCGGACAUUACAAAUUUCUUGCAAUGUGCAAUGGAAUCCAUUUACAAGAUGCUAAAGUAAAAUCAAAAUUGAAAUGCUGGUUGGACACUCAACGCAAUCCCUACUUUACCAUCAAUCCAUUGAAAAUAGAAUUAUUACAAGAAGAGCCGCCGUUGCUUCAAAUCUACGAUGUGAUCAGUGAUAAGUGGAUCGCGGACUUGAAAAAGACCGCAACACCAUCGCUUCGCCGUCCUCCACCCGUUGCCGCCGGUGCCACACCAAGAUCGGCUGCAUAUGCCUGGCUUCGAGAUGAACACAUCCCGAACACACCGCUGUCUAGGAGAAUCGAACUAAUUACCGGUCUAAACGUACGAGGAAUGGCGGCAUCUGACGCCCUGCAAAUCGCUUCCUACUCCUUCGGGGGUCAUGUAUCGACACAUUACGAUUCGUUGGCGGCUACAGAUCCAAAUGAUCCUGUCAUAGCGGCAAAAGGGGAUCGCGUUACUACAUUCCUUAUUUAUCUAAACGACGUUGAACAAGGAGGACUCACACCGUUUCCAAUACUUGGUACUUUUGUAAAGCCUGUCAAAGCAUCUGCAGUGCUUUGGUACAAUGCUCUGAAAAAUGGAUCAAUCGAUUCGAGAAUGUUGCAUGGUGCCUGUCCUGUCAUAAUGGGUCAUAAAUGGAUUGCUACAAAGUGGACUCAUCUAAACGAAAAUAUGUGGACACGACCGUGCGACUUAAAUUCGUCUCUGUAAUAUUGUGAAAAAUAAAUUUUCUGCUGAAAAC